ACUUUAAUGCAGAGAGAUAACUUUUUUUGCUAAACAUGUUAUGUGUUUUCUAACUGAAAUCAUUGUCCUUCUGAUAACAACUUUAUAAUCAAAAGUUUUAAAUUAAGUAUAGUUUACUUCUGUGGAACAUCAAUAUGUGUUAUCAAUAUCCAUCCAGUUGAACAGUAAAAUGGGUGUAAAAGGAUUAUGGCAGCUCAUCAAAACUGCGGGAAGACCUGUUUCACUUGAAACUUUAGAAGGCAAAGUAUUGGCCAUUGAUGUAAGUAUUUGGUUAAAUAAGGCUGCCAAAGGAAUGAGAGAUAAACAUGGCAAUCAAAUAUAUAAUGCUCAUCUUGUUAUGAUGUUUCAUCGUAUUUGUAAACUGCUGUUUUAUGGUGUGAAACCUGUUUUUGUGUUUGAUGGCGGUGUUCCAGAAUUGAAGAAAAAUACUCUGAAAGCACGACGAGAGAGAAGGCUCCAUGCGGAAUCUACUAGAUCCAAGGCUAAAGAUACCAUGCUACAAAAAUUUUUGCAAACAAAAGCACUUGAGGCAGUUACAGGUGAAAAAACGUCGGUAAAACUUAAUCUUAAGGAGGAAAAGGAACCAGAUAUAUUUCAACUUGCUCCAUUGUCACAUACAGCCAGCAGUCAGUCAGAUAGUUCCUCUGAAGGUGAGAUGAAUGAUGAAGAAAGUUGGCUUGAAGCCCUACGUUCGGACCAUAUACAGAAAAUGUUUGACCAUCCAGAAUCUGUUGACAUUGAUUCAGAAGAAUUUCAGUCUCUUCCUGCAGAAGUCAAGCAUGAGUUGCUAACAGAAAUCAAAGAUUCGCACAGAAGAAGAUAUAGACGAAAAAAUGAAGAACGAAAAGAACUACCUAAAGAUGCUGGUGAUUUCUCUAGUUUUCAGUUGCAAGGUUUAAUGAAGCGUGGCAAGAUUACACAGCAGAUCGAUUCCCUAAGAAAGGAAAUGACCAAUACUUUAUCGGAUCAAUUUUUAGAAAUUCAUAAAGACAUUAACUUCAAGUCAGACCAGAGCUACAUUGAAUCAAAGAGAAUUGCAUCAGAUUCAAAGGCAAGUUAUAUAUUUAUCAAAGCUUUCAAAUCUAAGGAGGAGAAUGUUUUGUUUAAUACGAACUUGGAGGAUGACUACCAUCGAUUCAAAGAGCUUGAUGAAGAAUCCAAUGAACAGUCAAGUCAUUACAGAAGACUGCAACGUGUACCUGCAAAGUUUGAGGUAUUGAAGUCAUUGCAACCAGUAGGUUUGAAAUUUCUAUCUGAUGGUUCAUCUGAUGAGGAAAACGUCACAAGUACAACGCAAGCAGAAAAUGUUAAUCAUGGAAGUACGAGCUCUGCUGAAAAACAAAAACAGGACGAUGUGGAGUAUAUGUCCACUGAUUCUGAUGACAGUGAUUUUGCAGAAACUGCUACCAAUCCAGAGAGCGUUGUUAUUAAUAAUGUGUUGCCUGUACUCAUAAAUAAAAAGAAAAAAAUAGAAAUUAUAGAGAUGAAAGAUAGUAGCAUGGCUGAAUUGAAUUUACCAAACAAUUUUGAAUCAAAAAAGGAUUUUAAAGGUGAAAAGACUACUGACAAAACUACCAUUACAUUUGAUUCUAAAAUUUUACCAGAUAGUUCAAACAAACCUAACGAUGAGCCAGCAGUUGUGUCACAAGAGGAAAUGCUUUCACCUAUUUCACCUCUUUCGAAGGUCAUCGAUGUCGAUGCAGAUUCUAGCAAACUUUUACCAAUGCAGCAAUCCGCUACACAGGAGGGUGUUGAUUCAGAAGAAAGGGAGAUAUUACCUACUUCAUCCUCAGAGAUUACUCAACAUAACAAGGAAACAAGUUUUGUCCAACAGUUUUCAAAUACAGUAGCAGAGAAAACAAAGGAGGAGCUGGUGGCUUUUCAAGAAGAUCUCAAACAUGAGCAAUAUGAAUUACAGCAGAACGCACUAAAACUAUCAAGACAAGCUGCUACGGUGUCGAGUGAGAAAUACCAAGAUGUUCAGGAGUUGCUCCAAUUGUUUGGAAUACCUUACUUAGUCAGUCCGAUGGAAGCUGAAGCUCAAUGUGCUCAACUCGAUUACUCAAAUCUUACAGACGGUUCUGUGACGGACGAUUCUGAUAUAUUUUUGUUCGGUGGGGAAACGGUUUAUAAGAAUGUGUUCGAUCAAAACAAGUACACUGAACUGUACAUUUCCAAAACUUUAAAAGAAACUCUACACCUUGAUCGUCCAAAAUUAAUCGCACUGGCUAUGUUAACUGGAAGUGACUACACAGAAGGGAUGCAAGGCGUGGGUGGAGUAACAGCAAUGGAAAUCCUACACGAAUUCUCUCGAGAUGAAGCACAAGAAACAUUAAACCAUUUAAAGGAAUGGAUGUUGAAGAUGAGAAGUGGAAAAGAAGUUUUUGCACCUGGUUGUAACCUUCUAUCAAAAUUAAAAAGGUCCGAUUUACCAAGAAACUUCAACUCUGACGACAUUUGGAAAGCAUACUUGGAACCUACUGUCGAUACAUCCGACGAACGUUUUGAGUGGGGAACACCAGAUAUUACUGCUAUCAAGGAAUUCGCUAACGAAAAAUUGGGAUGGUUAAGCUCUCGCACUGAUGAAAUAUUGUCACCUGUUAUGAGAAAGUGGAAAGGAAAUAAAGAAAAGCAAAAAACAUUGGAUAAAUUCUUCGUCCCGGUUCUUGCGCAAAAUGACGUCAUCAGUAAACGGUUACGAAAUGUAUUGGAUGUAAUGAACGGCCCUAAUAAAAAGAAUGACGUAAGCAGCGCCGAAAGUUCAAAAAAAACGAAACAAAAAAGAAAGGCGAUGGAGAGCGAAGCUACAGCUAGCACCAGUACUUCUCCUUACUUUGAUAACGAUUUUGUAGAAGUCAGUAAACGUGGGCGUGUAAAAACAACGAAGUGUACGAUGACUGUGAGUAGCAACGAGAAGGUUCAAGCUAAGAAAGAAGAAAACUUAUUAAAAGCAGCUGCGGAAAGAUUAAAACCUUUACCCCCGUUUGUUAGAGUCAAUAAGAUAAACAAAGCUAUAAGUAAAAGGCUACAAGGUCGGGGGAAAAGAAAAGCAAGAGGAAAAAAUCGAACCUUGACAAUACUUAAUCAAAUUAACUCGAUCCCAGAUGUUAUGAAGCCACUUGUAAGCAGCGAGUCUGACUCUGAUUGAGUGAAGGAAAAUGUAAUUUAUGAAUUGUAAAUAUUGAAAUACACAUCUAACAUGAAAUUCAUUCAAAAAUAUUUAUUACAACAUAUUAGAGUUCUUUAUAAAAAUUAAAACACCAGUUGUAAAAUGCC